AUGCUUAUUGCUUUCCCUUUGUUCGUGAAAUUUUUGGGCCGUGACCUAGUUGGCUAUACCUCUGCUUAUCCACGUCUUUCGGUCGACCCACCGCGAAUUCGCCUGCUGGGUGCAGUUACUCUACUAUCCCUGGGUUUUCAACUUGCUAUCAACAUAGCCACUCAAAUUGCGGCUUCUAUCUUUAUCCAACGUCAACCAUGAUUUGCUUGA